CCGCUGCAAGCUGUGCACCCAAGGCGCCUGAAGGGGGCUAUUGAGAUUAAAGGGGGUGCAAGAAUGUCUACCAAAUCGAUGCCAGGUGUGCGGUGGCUUCAUCAAGCUUCAAACCAGUGCUUGUAGUCAAGGCCACAUUGAAGCGCCAUGGGCCCCUCCAAGCCUUCCAUCCUUUCUGCCGCACUGCUGUCGCGGGCAACUAUUGUUGUCUUCACAGUCUGCUUCCACUCGUUUGCCGACAACUAUGACACCUCCUCUGAGCUUGAUGCGGACUGUUUGCACACACAUUCCAAUCUAAGACAGAAGUUGUGGCUCAAAAGUGGAACCUCACCAGUGACUGGCCCCCUAGACAGAUACAUCACAUGGGACGCCGUGCACUUUGUGCGCAUUGCAAAGUGUGGCUAUGAGUUUGAGCAGAGCUUUGCAUUCUUCCCUGCCCUCCCGCUAGUGAUGCGCACACUUUCGACAACCUUUCUGUGGCCCCUUAGCGGCCUCUUGGGGGAGCGGGGGACGCUCUGGCUCUCCGGGUUGCUGCUGUCAAAUUGUGCCUUUGUUGCAUCAGCGGUCUUCCUACACAGAUUGGGGUUGGCCACCCUGCGCGAUGAAGAGCUGGCGUAUCGAGCGGCGCUCCUCUACUGCUGGAAUCCAGCCUCAAUCUUCUACUCCUCCGUUUACACCGAGAGCCUCUUUGCUCUGGCGUCCUUUGCGGGGAUGCUCUACCUGGUGCAGCGCAGGAGGGCCUUGUCCCUGCUUCUCCUGGCUGCCUCAACGUCCGUCCGGUCCAACGGCAUCUUGCACGCGUACUUCUUCGUUUUUGAAGCUGCGGCGACAGCUUCCGAGCACUGGAAGGAAGCACUAGAGGCCCUGUCACGGAAGAAGGAGCCCGAAGCUCCCGCUUACACUCGCACAAGCUCUGCACUCGUCUACGCCCUCUUUGCGGUGCUCAGGGGCGUGGUCUGGAGCGCGCUAGUCUGCACACCGUUUGCCCUCUUCCAAGCAUACGGGUACCAGCAGGUUUGCGUGAAGGGCGACCAACGCCAGCCGUGGUGCAGUAACACCAUACCGUACAUCUAUGGCUACGUCCAAGACCGGUACUGGAACGUGGGCUUCCUCCGCUACUUCCGCCUCCAGCAGCUGCCCAACUUCCUGCUCGCCUCGCCCAUGAUCGCCCUCUCCGUGGCUGCCGUUGUAUCAUACGCCCUCCACGACCCAGCCCGCUUCUUCCUCCUCCACCUGUGGCCCACCUAUACAAGAGAACCACCAGGCAAAGCCAUUGCAAGCAGCGAAGACAAAGCGGGGGCGCCGGGAGACCCUGGCACGAAGCGGGACAGAAGUACGUCAAAAAUGUCCGGUUCGCAGUUGCUGACGAAGCGGAACGGGGGAGGGGUAGAGAGCUCGCAGCCUUUUGCGGAGGCGCUUUCUGCGCUGGGGGACUGGCAGCGGCCAGUGGGGCCUGAGGCGGGCUUCUUCUCGCCGGACGUGCUGUGCUUCACGCACCAGCUGGCAAUCAUGGUCUGCGUUGCCACGCUCAUCAUGCACGUACAGGUUGCGACACGCUUUCUGUCGGCCAGCCCCGUGGUAUACUGGUACGCCGCUGGUUUGUGUAGGGAUCGGAAGCAGGCACGAAACCAUAGCAAAGAGAUAAGUAGAGGCCGAAAAGGCCUUCCGAAGGAGUUUGGCAGCAUUUACCGAUGGAUCUGGGGUACGUUCAUCGGCUACAGUGUGAUUGGAACGCUGCUCUUUACGAACUUCUAUCCAUUCACUUAGCUGAAGCGGUUUGCAGGAAAAAGCGGGGCUGCGUGACACCAGAAUAACGUACAACCUCCGGAGGCGUUUGAUUGCCUGGAAACAUGUUUAUAACUCAACACUCCCGUAGUACGCUCCUGAGCAAGCAUGAUGAUGUGCCGC